AGACGAGAAAAGACGAAGCUGAGAAAUUGAAAAGACGACCCAGAAAAAGAGGGGUGGGAGUACCAUCGAACAAUUUCAUGUCCAUCUUGCCUGACAAAGCCCAAGGAUCCAGUUCGUCGUCUUCUUCUCCAACUCCUUCUGCAAACCCUAGCUCUUCUAAUCAUGGACGCUUCUGCUCCUCCUCUCAAUCUCCAUCCCGCCAAUUUCACUCCUUUGGAUCGCUUCAGAUCGCCCACUCUCAAUCUCAAUCUCAAUCUCCUCCCAACGCUGUGUCCCCAGAAAAUUCAGGAUCCUUCGUCUCUGGUACUCAAGAUUCUGGUGGGAUUUUCAAAGAGGUAAUUGAGUUGGGGAGAAAUGUCGACAAUAAUUUAUCUCACCAAAUGCCCAACGUGCAUUCCCAGAGUCGCUCUGGUGGACGAGGAGCUGGAUCAGCCCAGGGUAGAGGGAAAUUCUCAGGAACCACAGUUUCUCCUCGAAAUCAACAAAGUGCUGGACUUGUAAAUUCUCAUGGAAGCUCUGCAUCAUCAGGAGGAAGAAAAGCUCAAGUGACGAGUGGCAAUCACUUGUUAAAUUUUCAUUAUGACCCUAUUUCUCGUUCUCAACCUAGAGCUCCUCCUCCAAGAAGGCAGCACAAGAUAAAGCCUUACAAUAAAGAUCUAUUUCUUCAGGCAAACUACAAAUUUGUGGUGCUAGAUUCGGGGAACUAUACCCCUGAAUCAAUGGAUCCAGAUAAAAUGUUACGGUGGGAGGACAUUAUAUGCUUGAGAUACUCUACCUCGUCUACUGUUCAAUGUCCAAUUUGUCUGGAAUCUCCUCUUUGUUCACAGAUAACCUCAUGUGGACAUAUAUUUUGUUUCCCCUGUAUUCUUCAGUACUUGUUAAUGGGAAAGGAGGAUGCGAAAGGUGACUGCUGGAAAAGAUGUCCUUUAUGUUUUGUUAUGAUAUCACCUAAGGACUUGUAUACUCUCUUCAUUGAGAAUGUUAAUGAGUACAGGGUUGGUGAUAAAGUAGAGUUUCUACUUUUAACUCGACAGAAGGACUCCUCUAUGCUGUCCCACAAAAAUAAACAGAAGAAAGAACUUAACAUAGGGAGCCCUGAAGAAACUUAUGAUCCAUUUUCAAAGUUUACAUUUACAUCAGAUGUAGAUCUGUCAGUCAGAAAGGCAAUUUCUGAUCUAGAUGGUUGGUUAGUAAGAGCAGACUCGGGGCUUGUUGAUGACCUAGAGAGGCUUCCAUAUGUUUGUGCUGCAAUGGAACAAUUAGAACAGAGAAAGAAGUAUUGGGAUGAGCACCGUGCGUGUGAUAAUGUUAAAUCUUCUGAAUUUGGUCGCAAUACCGGUUCAUACGCUACACAGCCAGCCGCAAAUGCUACUCAAAAUAACAUUGAUUUAGUAGGCUCUAAAGUUGAAACUUUGUCUACUGAGGUCUCUGAUAAAAAUAAGAGUUUCGACAAUAUAGAAAGAAUUUGUUUAGAUGUACAGAUCUGUUCUGAUCAGUCUGCAGACGCGGCAGAAUCAUUAGGGCCCCAAGAAAUCGUGUUAUCUUCUUCGUACGAUGAAAGCAAUGAGAGGAACUCAAAGGUCUUUGGAGAUGUCAAGGAGAAGGAUUCUUACAAUUUUUACCAGGCAGCUGAUGGUCAGCACAUCAUUCUCCACCCAUUAAAUAUGAAGUGUCUACUACAUCAUUUUGGGAGCCCCGAUUUGCUGCCUGACAGAAUAUCUGGAAAGAUUUUGCAAUUAGAGACAGUGACUCAGUCAGAAGCCAUAAGGAGGCGUUUUCGCUUCUUGAGCCAUUUUUCUUUAACUACAACUUUUCAGCUAUGUGAAAUCGAUUUGGGCGAGCUUUUACCCCCUGAUUCCAUGCUUCCAUUUAUGGAUGAAAUAAAGAAACGUUCAAAGCAAAGGAAGCAAGUUGCUCGCAAGGAGCGGAAAGAGAAAAUCAAGGCCGAAGCUGCUGUAGAGGGUCCAAUGCCUAUAUAUUCCAAUUUUGUGCAGUCAUCUCGUGAUGAAUCCCCUAUUUUCUCCAUGGAUGACUUUGAAGCUUUAGGAACUUCAACUGUGGCAUCAUCAAGUUCUUCAGUUGUUGGGGAACGGAGACUCUUUUCAAAUGUAACAAAGCUUGGUUUUGCUGCUGGGCAUGAUUCUCCAGCUCUGAAAAUUGAGGAAACUAGUUCUCAACAUGAAAACUCUGCGACAACGGAGUCUUCUUCCACUGGUUCAAGAAACACCGGUGUACUGUCAUUCGCUAAUGUAAUAUCUAGAGACAAAGCUGUUGAAAGCUUAGAGGCACCGAAGAUGAACGAAUUGGGAAAGAAAGGCAAGAAACCAAGUCGUGUCCUUUUGUCAACAGCAGGUGGUCGGCGCUAUUAAUUUUCAUGACUAUAAUGGCAAAAUUAUGAAGCAUCUCUAAGUUCACCAUACUCGAACAGUUUUCUCUAGGGUUUGGCCGUUCUUUCAUGUUGUUUGUCUUUUUUUAGUUGUACAAAAUGCAUCUGCUUCUGGCCAUGUCCUGUCCCUGUAUUGGCCAUGGUGGUUUAUUUGCAAUGUAACUAUAUAGUACCCUCUCACUUUCCACAGUUUGGUGUUCUUACCAAAAUGAGAGAAAAUUUAACUAAUGGUUUAUGAAUUUUGAGCAAAAGUAGUACUUUUUAGAGUGGCCUUUAGUAGGUUUUUAUUGCAAACCAAUAUUCAUUCACUUGGACCAUUAUUAGGGAUCCAAUUGGAGUGACAUUUAGAUUGGUCCAAGUGAAAGAUCUUAUUUAACUUCAUUUUUCUAAUUGAGUGAAAAAUCAACUUUUGAAGAAUCACUAAUGAAUGAUGCAUUUUGUUUA